AUGGCUUCCAUCACCUGCAGCCUCUUCAUCCUCAUUGCUCUUACCUUAAUGGCGUCGCCUUUUUCGGCUAAGGCCAGCCGAUCGCUCUCGAAUCUGCCAGUUUCCUCCAGGACUAGUCUCGCGGCACGGCUGAAGCUGGAGGCUGAAUCGGUGACUUGUUGGGACUCGCUGUUUGAGCUCCAAGCUUGUAGUGGGGAGGUGAUAACGUUCUUCCUCAGUGGUGAGACUUACUUAGGGCAUGGUUGCUGCCAAGCUAUUAAGAAGGUGAUAGGGCAAGAUUGCUGGCCAAACAUUAUGAGCUCUCUAGGGUUUACCAAUGAAGAAGGUGAUAUACUUGAAGGAUAUUGUGAUGAGUCUCUUCAUAAUUCCCCACCUUCUCUGGUUGAUCACCCAAAAAAGCUUGUUCCGUAUAAUGCAUGA